AUGGCCGACUCCAACCCAAAAGUAACAUGCCAAUGCGGCGCCGUAUCCUUUCGCACUUCCCGCCCCAAGCCCCUGGCAAAAUAUGCCUGCCACUGCACCGAAUGCCGCAAGCAAUCCUCUUCAGCGUUCGGCACGUCUGCCCUCUUCCCCGCCAAGGGAAUGUGGCCUCUGCCCGAUGAUGUGCGGUCCAAGCUGGGCGUGUGGACGCGCAUUUCGGACAAGGGCACGACGCUGGAGUGCUAUUUCUGCAACGAGUGCGGCGUGAGGGUGCUGCACAGGCCGUUGCUGCCGGAUGGGACGCCGAAACCGACGCUCACGGUGAAGGGCGGUGCGCUGGAGGGCUUCACCUUGGAGGGGGCCAGGCACAUUUGGACCAAGUCGGCGGUCAUGCCUGUGCCGGAGGGGAGUUGGACGGAGAGUCCAGAGGGCUCGGAUGCCGAGACGGUUGGGGAGUGA